AUGGCGGAUUGCUUCAAAUGCAGCAUUACAGUGCUUUUGAUAGCCUUUUACACAUCCUUGAUUAAUGCUCAAGCAACACCUGACUGUCGAGGUCAAAAGGCAGACAUUAUCUUUUUGCUUGAUUCUUCAACCAGCGAAGGCCAGCAGAACUUCAAUCGUCAGUUAGAUUUUGUGAAGAACUUAACAACAAUUUACGAUAUCGGUCCAAACAACGUCCAGAUUGGCUUGACGUCAUUUUCAUCACACGUGAACUAUCAGUUUUGGUUGAAUUCCUAUCAUAAUGAGGUCAGUCUUCAGAGUGCAAUCAACCAUGUCCCGUACAUUUCCGGCAACACGAAUACCGGAGAAGGCAUCAAUUUCGUUACUACCCAGGGUUUUUCAUCAACUCAUGGCAUGCGUACGGAUGUUACACAUAUCAUGGUGGUGAUGACCGAUGGUCAAUCCCAGGAUGGUCAAGGUACAGCAACAAUGGCUGCUCAAGCACAUCAAGCUGGAAUUGAAGUGGUGGCGAUAGGUAUAGGCAAUGGAGUGAGCAUGUCUGAAUUACAAGCCAUCGCCAGUGACUCCAAGCAUGUGUUAACAGUAGACAGUUUCCUCGCUUUGGCCUCCAUCCAGCAUAGCUUGGCUGCAACGACGUGUAACACCUGCAAAACUGCAGAAGCAGAUGUCGUUUUCAUCUUGGAUUCAUCUGGAAGUGAAGGACUACCUAAUUUUCAAAAAGAACUUCAGUUUGUAAGUAAUUUUGUGAAUAACGCAAACAUCGGUCCACAGAACAUUCAGGUUGGUUUGGUUACUUUUUCCGAUAUAGUGAAAAACGAAUUUUAUCUGGACACUUAUCACAACAAAAUAGAUAUAAUGGCCAAACUACAGAAUGUUUCCUAUAGAGGGAGCACCACGCAUACUGAACUAGGACUGCAAUACGCAAGGCUAUACCAGUUUUCAUCCAGUCAUGGUUUACGGCCUAAUGCUAAGAAAAUUGCUGUCGUUUUGACGGAUGGUCAGUCGCAGAGCCGCGCAACGACACUAAGUGAAGCAACGUUAUUGAAGCAACAGGGUGUAACGGUCAUAAGUGUUGGUAUCGGUACGCAAGUAAGUCAAACUGAAAUUGACGGCAUUGCUUCUGACACCAAUCAUGUGUUCACAGUGGCUACAUUCGAUGCGUUACAUACGAUUCAGUCAGAAUUGGAAAACACGGCGUGUGGUGGUACUGCUCCUCCCGUCACAACUGUCUCCACAGAAUGUGGAACAAAGCCUGCAGAUAUCGUAUUUAUUUUGGAUUCGUCUGGAAGUGAGGGCUCUAGCAACUUCAAUAAACAGUUACAAUUUAUGACAGACUUCGUCACAAACUUCAAAAUAGGUCCACAUGAUGUCCAAUUUGGCCUGGUUACGUUUUCAAUAGACGCUCUAAAUGAAUUCUACUUAAACACGUACAACAAUCAGCAGGACAUUGUAAAUAAGCUACAAAAUAUCGCCUAUAUUGGCAGUACCACUCAUACCGAAUUAGGCUUACAAUACGCAAGGCGAUUUCAGUUUUCCGUCACUCAUGGCGCUCGGCAUAAUGCACAGAAAAUUGCAAUAGUAUUAACAGACGGGCAAUCCCAGAGCCGUACAGAUACAAUCCAUGAGGCGGACUUGCUGAAACAAAUGGGCGUUAAGAUUAUCAGUAUUGGAAUAGGGAACGGUAUCGCCCAAACAGAGCUUGUAUCUAUGGCAACGGACCAACAACAUGUGUUCAAUGUCGACAAUUUCGACGCUCUACAUACCAUUCAGUCCGAAAUAAAGGACUCUGCCUGUGGAGGUGGUGGCGGAACCUCACCAACAGGAACAAGCUCAGCUUGUACAGCAGACGUAGUAUUCGCCAUAGAUGCAUCAGGUGCAGAGGGACCAUCGAAUUUCCAGAAAUCUCUUUCGUUUAUGUCUGAAGUGGUCAAUGAGUUCCCCAAUAGUCCUGGUGAUGUUCAGUUUGGACUAGUCACUUUUGGAGCACGAGCAAGUGCCAGUGUUGAACUGUUGCAAUAUCAUAGUAAAUCGGCGUUAAUCAGCGCCAUACAGAGAACUCCGUAUAUUGGAGGUGCACAAGAUUCGUGGGUUGGAUUACACUUAGUGCGUACACAUACCCUCACCCCUGCUAGAGGCGCGAGAACUGGAGUAAAGGCGUUUGUCAUUCUCAUAACCAAUGGUCCAUCGUCGAGUCAUUCCUUAUUUGUCAGAGAGGCAACCAAGCUACACCAAACUACCAAUAUGACAGGCAUUGCAAUUGGAAUAGGAAAUGGAUUGAACAUGAAUGAAUUUAAUGCCUUGGCACUCGAUGGUCAUCACACCUACCAUAUCAGUAGCGCAAAUGCCUUAACGUCCCUCAGACAUAUGAUUCAUGAUGCUAUAUGUGCAGGAACAUCCCCAGCACUCACUACUCCCUUACCCGGUAUCGCUACCACUGCAAUAGGUAAAGCCUGA